AUGGGUGAACAAAAAGAUCUGCUGUUUCCAUAUGAAUUUAAGGAGCUUGAUCCUGAAGAAGAAAAAUUGGUGGAAGACAAUUUAGGGCCUUUUCCAACAAGUUUGAUCAAAGUGGGACCAAAAGGCUACAUUGCAUACAGACCUUACAAGAGAGAUGCUGCAAAUGUCUACAACAUGCCACUAAGACCUACUGACGUGUUCGUGGCUAGUUAUCAGCGAUCAGGUACUACGUGGACCCAAGAACUAGUUUGGUUGAUCGCAAACGACUUAAACUAUGAAAAAGCUGCGGAGAUACCACUGACACAUCGUUACCCAUUUUUAGACGUCUUCAUGUUCUUUGACCCAAACGAGAAAGAAAAAUACAUAAACGUUAUGUCGAACACAGAAGAAAAUUUCGACAAAGAAAAGUACUCACAAGUAUUAGAUAUGAUGAGCAGACCAGCGACUUUACUGCUCGAAGAAAUACCAUUAACUGAAAAACGGUUCAUCAAGACACACUUACCGAUGUCCUUGAUGCCUCCCACACUCUUGGAUACAGCGAAGGUGGUGUACGUGGCUCGAGACCCUAGAGACGUAGCUGUAUCCUGCUAUUAUCACGCAAGGCUAUUUAAAAUGAUGAAACUGGAGAGAAGCUUUAAAGACUUCUGGAAUAUGUUCCACCGAGAUUUAUAUACAUUGACACCGUUUUUUGAACAUGUGAAGGAAGCUUGGGAGAAGAGACAUGAACCCAACAUGCUGUUCUUAUUUUACGAAGAACUCUCGAAGGACCUACCGGCCAGUAUUAACCGUGUGGCAGACUUCUUAGGCAAAAAGUUGAAUGAAGAACAAAUGAACCGCCUCUGCGACCACCUCAGUAUUGAUAACUUUAAGAAUAAUAAAUCUGUGAAUUAUGAGGACAUGAGGGAGCUUGGAGUACUCGCCAAGGGAGAAACUUUUAUAAGGAAAGGUAAAUCAGGUGGAUGGCGAGACCACUUCGACGAGGAGAUGACACAACAAGCUGAAAAAUGGAUCGAGGACAACCUGAAGGAUACUGACCUGCGCUUUCCAUUUAUGAAAUAA